GUUGCCAAGUCUGAGAGAAGGUCGCAAACAGUUUAUGCGCCCUACUGGUGCUACACGGUGAGUGAGUACGUGAGAAGCAGCAUCGCUGCCUGCAAUGGCGGAGCUGGAAGCUGCAUUUGCAUGGGGCCCUCGAUUUGUGGUGGGUGGGGACCGUUUCCUCCAGGAUCCUGGCAGGCAUAUUCGUAUUCAUGCUGUGGCUGCCACCCCGAAGCUCAGCCGGCUCCAGUGGCUGCUCCAACAGCCACGGCGGCUCCUUUGCCGAGCCCCCCUCUGCAAAAGGCUGCAUCUGAACCCGCUUCAGAUCCUGCACCUCCAUCACCACAGUCGGUGCCCUCAAACAUUUCGGGCGGUGUCAGUGCCAACAACGCAACGGCCAGCGCUGCAAGCGCUUGCGCAGCUCACAAGGCUUGUGCCGAUCUGCGCCUUGAUGGCAGCUGCUGCCCCGCAGCCGACGGGACAUACCUUGGAUGCUGCGACUCUGUUUCGAUGCUGCUGGAAGCUAGCGACGUCAACACGCAUGCCAAGCUGGACAUGCCAAUCCCUGCGUGGUGUGCCGAGCUGGCAUUGCAUGUCAGGGAGAUUAGUGUGCUUUGGAGCUCAGAUACGCGAAUGGCGCUCAGCUUCCUUGCCGGAGCAGCGGAGUGUAGCCGCCCAGCACUUUCAGACUUCCUCAAGCAGACCCUUCCUGCGGGUGCCCCGAACUUCCUCGUGCAGAGGCCAGAAAAAAAAGCCGGAAAACCUGCCAUCAAGUUGCCCAAGCACUCCAACGCAGCAUGGGUUUUCUUUGGCAGGAAUGCUGGAAGCCGUAUCUUGCGCGGUCGUGCAGAGCAUACAGAUGUCAUCCAGCACAGUGGCACCUGGCAUGUGCAGCUCAAGGGAGAGAAGGUGUGGACGCUCAAGCCAACCGAGGAGCUGCGGAUGAAGGUCCCUUCCCUGAAGAGGACAGGCCGUGUUCAAGUGCGUUGUCGACAAGGUGACGUUCUUUGCAUCAACACUCGGUUGUGGUGGCACAGCACACACAUACCGGCCCGCUGCAAGCUCUCCUUGAGCGCCGUGGCCCUAAGCAAAAGUGCAGAAGAAUCGAUGUAA